AUGACUGGCAGAAUAAAAAUAAGCAGAACAAAAAACGCAAAUUCAGAAAUAACUUCAGCAAUAAAUAUUCAAACUAUUAAAAGGGAUAACUUAAGUCAACAAGGUACCUUAAGAUCAACUGCUAGUCAAACAGGUGCCCCAAGUAUCAAAAUUUUAAAUAGCAUACAAAUUAAUCAAAAUCCAAUCUUAGUUACUAUGGUCAAUAAAAUGACUAGUGAUAUUCUCAAAUCCAGCAAAUCCACUCAGGUCCAUCAACUAUCAGUUAAUAUAACUAAUAGAGCGAUUUCACAAUCAAUAGUUAAAACUUUAGCCAAUAGAAAAGUAAAAGAAGAUAUAUCAGACGUAACUGAAAUG